AUCAAACCCAAGCCACACGCACACACACACACACGCUGACACACGAGACGAACACUUGUGCUACAGCUUCUCGCCACCAGCUACUGAUCGACCAUGGGCGGCCUCUCCAUGGACCAGGCGUUCGUGCAGGCCCCCGAGCACCGCCCCAAGGCGUCCGUCGCCGAGGCCGACGGCAUCCCGGUCAUCGACCUCUCCCCUCUCCUCGCCGCCGGCGAUGGCGACGCCGACGGGGUGGACGCGCUCGCGGCGGAGGUCGGGAGGGCGAGCCGGGACUGGGGCUUCUUCGUGGUGGUGCGCCACGGUGUGCCCGCGGAGGCGGUGGCGCGCGCGGCGGAGGCGCAGAGGACGUUCUUCGCGCUGCCGCCGGAGCGGAGGGCGGCCGUGGCGCGGAGCGAGGCGGCGCCGAUGGGGUACUACGCGUCCGAGCACACCAAGAACGUCAGGGACUGGAAGGAGGUGUUCGACCUCGUCCCGCGCCAGACGCCGCCGCCGCCGACGACCGCCGUGGCCGACGGCGACCUGGUGUUCGACAACAAGUGGCCCGACGACCUGCCGGGAUUCAGGGAGGCAAUGGAGGAGUACGGCGAAGCGGUGGAGGAGCUGGCGUUCAAGCUGCUGGAGCUGAUCGCCAGGAGCCUCGGCCUGAGACCCGACCGCCUCCAUGGCUUCUUCAAGGACGACCAGACCACCUUCAUCCGGCUCAACCACUACCCUCCCUGCCCGAGCCCCGACCUCGCCCUCGGCGUCGGCCGCCACAAGGACGCCGGCGCGCUCACCGUGCUCUACCAGGACGAUGUCGGCGGCCUCGACGUCCGCCGCCGAUCCGACGGCGAGUGGGUGCGCGUCAGGCCCGUCCCUCACUCCUUCAUCAUCAACGUCGGCGACAUCAUCCAGGUGUGGAGCAAUGACAGGUACGAGAGCGCGGAGCACCGGGUGGCGGUGAACGUGGAGAAGGAGAGGUUCUCCAUCCCUUUCUUCUUCAACCCGGCGGGCCACACCAUGGUGGAGCCACUGGAGGAGGUCGUGAGCGACGAGAGCCCGGCCAGGUACAACCCCUACAACUGGGGCGAAUUCUUCAGCACCAGGAAGAACAGCAACUUCAAGAAGCUGGACGUGGAGAACGUCCAGAUCACGCAUUUCAGGAAGAAUUAACGCGCCGGCUAGAUCAUGUUCAGUAAAUUUUCAGAUGAUGAUGCGUGGACAACCAUAUAGCCUUUGCGUCAUAAGUUAAUAAUGUCUGUGACAGUAUAUCAUGUAAACAAUCGUAUGAUGUGGCUUCUCUAUCUGCCGGUGAUGGUAAUGUGACAUUGUAGAAGAGGGUUUGUGAGAUACUUCCUUCACUUAACUUUUACGAAUGAAUAUAGACAACCACAA